CAGCCCAAGGGCUGAUAGUCCAACCAGUUGGAACACGGAGGCCUACGGUGCCUCGUCCAACGCUAGCUGUUGACAAGCAGCACGUUCUCCUCCACCGCCACGAUCAGCUCCUCCUUGUCCUCCUCGAUUGAGGAAUAUCCCUUUGGAGCCAAAUAUUCCGGGUUAUUUAUUUGUAUAAUUUUCUUGAACAAAAAUGAGUUCACAAUCUCGAGAAGAAGAUUCCAGAGAAAACGACAAAGAGGAAGAGUCAAGCCGCCUAAUAUCGACGCCAGCCCAAUCUCCGAAACCGUCUUCGGACGGCGAGGACCCCGACGAAGUUGCUUUCGAAGCGCGAGAGAAAAUCCUGAUCGUUGAUGUGGAUGGCCAGGAUGCAAUCGACGCCGACGAUUAUGUCCCGCCAUUUUCGUGGAAAAAACUAUGGUUGUUUACGGGACCUGGAUUUUUGAUGAGCAUUGCGUUUUUAGAUCCAGGGAAUAUAGAGGGGGAUCUCCAGGCAGGAGCGAUUGCCGGAUACUCGCUGCUGUGGCUGCUGAUGUGGGCCACCCUCAUGGGCUUGCUGAUCCAGAUGCUAUCGGCCCGCGUCGGAGUGGCCACGGGACGGCACUUAGCGGAGUUGUGCAGAGAGGAGUACCCAAAUUGGGCAAGGUUGAUUUUGUGGUUCAUGGCGGAGGUGGCGCUUAUUGGGGCUGAUAUACAGGAGGUGAUAGGGAGCGCUAUUGCUAUUCAUAUAUUGAGUAAUGGGGUUUUGCCGCUCUGGGCGGGAGUAGUGAUUACAGCUUUGGAUUGUUUUAUGUUUUUAUUUCUAGAGAAUUAUGGAGUGAGGAAGUUAGAAGCUGUUUUUGCAGUCCUAAUUGCAACUAUGGCUUUAUCAUUUGCCUGGAUGUUUGGUGACACCAAGCCUAGUGGAAAAGAACUUUUAACGGGUAUUUUAAUUCCAAGACUUAGUUCAAAAACAAUUCGUCAAGCUGUGGGGGUUGUGGGUUGUGUUAUAAUGCCGCACAAUGUGUUCUUGCAUUCAGCUUUGGUGCAAUCAAGGAAGAUUGAUCCUCAGAAGAAAGGUCAAGUUCAGGAGGCUCUGAAUUACUACUUAAUUGAGUCAUCUGUUGCUCUUCUAGUCACCUUCAUGAUUAACUUGUUUGUGACAACUGUGUUUGCCAAGGGAUUCUAUGGCACUGAACAGGCAAAUAGCAUAGGACUAGUCAAUGCAGGGCAGUAUCUUCAAGAGAAAUAUGGAGGAGGAAUUUUUCCAAUUCUUUAUAUCUGGGGUAUUGGCUUGUUGGCAGCUGGACAAAGUAGUACAAUAACUGGCACAUAUGCUGGGCAAUUUAUUAUGGGAGGCUUUCUUAACCUUCGCUUGAAGAAAUGGCUGAGGGCAUUGAUAACACGAAGUUUUGCUAUUGUGCCAACUAUGAUAGUAGCUCUUGUGUUCAACACAUCUGAAGCCUCAUUGGAUAUUUUGAAUGAAUGGCUAAAUGUGCUUCAGUCCAUACAGAUCCCUUUUGCACUUAUCCCCCUUCUUACUUUGGUGGCCAAGGAGCAGGUCUUGGGGAUCUUUAGAAUUGGGCCUGUUCUUGAGAGGCUGGCAUGGACAGUAGCUAUCCUGGUUAUACUGAUUAAUGGGUAUCUGUUGCUUGAUUUCUUCGCAUCUGAAGUUAAGGGGCUGCUGUUUGGUUUUCUGGCCUGCACUGGCACAGUUGCAUAUAUAGCAUUUAUUAUCUAUCUUGUUUCACGUGUCGGUGCUCUGUCGUCUCCUGGGCCCGGCUUAGAACUGUCCAAGAGGGAUGCUUUCCCUGGAAAUUAAGUUUGUUCAAUUUCAAAAUAUUGGAAUCACUACCACCUGGGCCGCAUAACAAUAGUUGUUGAGACUCUUUCAACAGUAGAACAUUUUUUCACUGUCAAUCCCUAACCUCAGCGCAUACAUAAAGUGAGUAUACAAUCUGACUAUUUUCUGCAUGAUGGAGCUCUAUGGUCAUGUUUUAUCAUCAAUCGUGUGUGAGGAUACAUUUUCCUUUGUUUGGUGGGUGGAUGAAGCUUCUCUGUAGCAAAAUGGUAAAUUACUUGCAUUGCAGUAGAUGCAUACAAGCCUGGUUAAUCAAACUUAGGAUGAGUUUAUUAGUUGUUCUUUGUUGCAACAGUUUAUCAUGUAACAUAGUCAAAAUGUCAUUGAAAGUUACUUGGAGGGACUAAUCAAUACACUACAGAAUGAAGUAAAUUUUCCAUUACUAUUUA